GGCCGGGAAUGGUUCGGGUUGGGAGGGACGCGGAGAAUCAGCCAGUUCCACCCCCUGCCACGGACCGCGACACCUUCCCCCAGGACAGGCUGCACCGAGCCCCAUCCUUGGACACUUCCAGGAAUCCAGGGGCAGCCACAGAUUCUCUCGGCACCGUGUGCCGGGGCCUCGCCGCCUUCACAUCCUCAGCAUCAGGGGUGCAUUCCAGGAUCUUUGCCGAGGCAAAGAAACAGCUGAAGGCAGAAAAGGAGACACGCGAAACAGAGGUUUUCUUCUAAGGUCUAUUUGAACACUUCUCGAUUGAUUUCCUCCUUGGAUAAGUCUGAAAAGAAAUGGAGGCAAGGCAUGGAAAGCCUUAAAAAGGAGGAAAAGCUACCUGGAAUUUUUUUAGUGUGGUACAGAAAAAGGAAAUCAUUGCGUCACCUCAGCUUCUCCAUGUAAACGUCACAAAAAGGUUUGGAAGUUGUGCUCCUGCAGCAGGGAGUCGGCUCCCUGGCUGUGAAACGAUGCAAAAGGCAAAGAAAGGCACAUUCCAGUUGGAAAUAAGGACCAUGUCCUAACAGGGUGCUCAGCCACCAGAAAAAGCUACCAAGAGCGGCACUAUCUUUGUAUCCGGGAAAAAUCGAGAGGAGCCUUUGUGAGAAAGAUGCUUUCACAAAGAGAGGAGUGAUCUGCUUCCAUAAAGCCAUAAGUCACUGGAAACCUAUCGACUGCGACGUGCAGGAAACUGAAUUCUGUGAUUUAACACUCCCUUUUGGCCUUGAAAUGUAUCCAUCUAUGAUAGAUGUCAGAGACAUUCCUCGGUGGAGAGGUGGACUCGUUUCUCAUGGAGACAAAAAGGACAGCUCAUUGGGAGGGGGGAUCUCAGCCUGGGGCAAUGCUCCCUCCUCAGCCACCUUUUGUGGGAGGAAGAAAGGUGCUGUGCUCGGAGAAGGGAGUGUUGCUCAGGCAGCUGUUUGCCCUUAGCAGAGCAGCAACAGCCAGAGAAAACCGCCUGUGUGCUGCAGGUGAUGCACUCCUGGGUUGCCACAGAUCCUACAGGUCCCGACCUACACAUGGAAUUGGGAAGUUUAAAUACCUGCUCCCAAAGGAGGUUCCAAAGAAGAAAAAGGAAAAAGUUCAGAUGAAAGAGAUCGAUGCUGGCACUGAGUACCAGUAUGGAGACAUCAACAUCCAGAUGACUUCCUACGAUCUCUGCCUGGUGGAGCAUUUUGCUCAGUAUGUGCACAGACUCUGCAACCGUCUCUCGAUCCGCGUCACUGAGAGCUACGCCAUGCCCACCAAAACCAACGAGGUGCUGUUCAUGGAAGAGAGGGGAUCCAAAAUGCAGCUGGAUGCAGUCCUUACCACCCACCAGAGGGUUGUCCAGAUCCGUGGUUUGAGUUCGACAUUUGCUCCCGUACUGCUGGAAAUCAUUCAGAGUAACCAGCCUGAGGGGGUCCAUCUGCUGAUGAAACAGCACACAGAAGCCGAUUUCAAGAGCCGACUGAAGUCUCGACCAGAGCUGGAAGAGCUGCUGGCAGAGAUGUCCUGAGGUGAGGAACAAUGUGCCAUCCACGGGCUGUUCCAGCCUCCAGAGGGUGCUUCCAUGAGCUCUGUACUGAUAACUGGGUGAAUAGGAAGGAAUUCCCACUGCUGGCAGCUAGCUUGUCUCAAUAAAAAGAAAGAAUGUAUU